GUAAAGCGAGGGCUGAUGAAAUCAGUCAUACCAAAGCACAGUCAGUGUUAGAGAACAGUGUUCUUUCAGACUAGCAGUGAGUUGGAGAUGAGACAAAAGCAAGAAAUGUCACAACUCAAGGGCUCCCCUCAGGAAAAUGGGGCCAUUCAAACGCGACAGUACAGCGCCAUCGCUCCUUCAGAGUCACCUACAGCUCAAGAUGAAGUCUUCACCACAUAUUUUGAAGAGAAGGUGCCCAUUCCUGAGGAUGUCAACCAGGUGUUCAGUUUCCGUAAACUCUGGGCUUUUACUGGACCAGGGUUUUUGAUGAGUAUUGCUUACUUGGAUCCAGGGAACAUUGAGUCUGACCUGCAGUCUGGAGCUAAAGCUGGCUUUAAGCUCUUGUGGAUUCUCCUUGGAGCCACCGUCAUCGGCCUUCUGUUACAGAGAUUAGCAGCACGUCUGGGGGUCGUCACUGGGAUGCAUCUAGCUGAAGUGUGCCAUCGCCAGUAUCCCACUGUCCCACGUAUUAUCCUUUGGCUCAUGGUGGAACUGGCAAUUAUUGGUUCAGACAUGCAGGAGGUCAUAGGCUGUGCAAUAGCUCUCAACCUUCUCUCAGUGGGCAGGAUUCCACUGUGGGCAGGCGUCCUCAUUACGAUCAGUGACACAUUUGUGUUUCUUUUUCUAGACAAGUACGGACUCAGAAAACUUGAAGCUUUCUUUGGUUUUCUCAUCACUGUAAUGGCUGUUAGUUUUGGUUAUGAGUAUGUGCUAGUAAAGCCGUCCCAAAGUGAGCUGCUGAAGGGUAUGUUUUUACCUUACUGUGAUGGAUGUGGUCCUGUGCAGCUGGAGCAGGCAGUGGGUAUUGUAGGUGCCGUCAUCAUGCCCCAUAACAUCUACCUACAUUCAGCCCUGGUCAAGUCUCGGCAAAUAGAUCGCAGCAAUAAGAAAGAAGUAAAAGAAGCCAACAAAUACUACUUCAUCGAGUCAUCUGUUGCCCUCUUCAUCUCCUUUCUCAUCAAUGUCUUUGUUGUAUCAGUCUUUGCUGAGGCCUUUUACAACAAAAGUAACAUGGAAGUGAAUGCUGAAUGUAAUGCAACUGGCAGCGCUCAGACAGACCUGUUUCCUAUCAACAAUGGCACGCUGGAGGUGGACAUCUACAAAGGGGGGGUGGUCCUGGGCUGUUUCUUUGGACCUGCUGCCCUUUAUAUUUGGGCCGUAGGCAUUUUAGCAGCUGGACAGAGCUCCACCAUGACGGGUACAUACUCUGGGCAGUUUGUUAUGGAGGGUUUUCUGAACUUGCGUUGGUCACGUUUUGCACGUGUGCUGCUGACCCGCUCGAUUGCCAUUACACCUACACUGCUGGUCGCCAUCUUUCAGGAUGUUCAGCAUUUGACUGGAAUGAACGACUUCCUCAAUGUACUCCAGAGCAUGCAGCUUCCAUUUGCUUUAAUUCCGAUUCUCACCUUCACCAGUCUGAGCUCCUUGAUGAGCGAAUAUGCAAAUGGAAUGCUGUGGAAGGUAUCAGGAAGCAUUGUCAUCCUGGUGGUUUGUGCGAUCAACAUGUACUUUGUGGUGGUCUAUGUGACUUCGCUGAACAGCGUACUGCUCUACGUUGUGGCUGCCUUUCUCUCCGUAGCAUAUCUGUGCUUUGUAGGCUACCUGGUAUGGCAGUGUUUGAUUGCUUUGGGGUGUUCCUGCCUGGACUUUGGCAGCAGGAUACGACUGGGACUGUCCCAGCACACGGACAUUUACCUAUUGAAUGACAUGGACAAUUUGGUACACAGAUAGGACGACAUGCCGUGGGUAGACGACGUCUCCUUAGAAGAAAUCUGAGAGAUGACCUGACUAAAGCGUGGGACCACCGGAACUUGGCCAGUAUGGUGUUUUUGUUUUUUAAUCUUGUGUCUGGAGCCUAAGUGCCCUCGUCAUACACUGUACAACACACAACAGAUGUUUGACUAUGGAGGAACUCUCACCAUGCUGGAGAACAAUCUCUGUGCUAGUUAGUACAGCCUCCAACUCAACAGGAUGUUGCAUGUACAUAGAUGUCCCUGAAGGCAUCUGCAGUUGCUUUAAUGUGUUUUUGCUUUACUGAACAAAUACCUGCAGAUACAUAAGUUUGAGGCUUUGGGCAGGAAUGUCUGUGAGAGAAAACAUGUUACCUAAUAUUGUGUAUAUACAUUUAUUUUCCAGUCAUAUGUCUUUUCCAUACUGAGACAGUUUGCUGUUCUCAGCCAUAUAGAACAAACAAAGCUGAGGACCUUCACUAGUGUGAACUUUUCAAAGAUAUCAAAAUAAAAUGUGUGCUCAGAGAGCACAGCAAUGCCAGACUGAAAUUGUAAAGUAUCGGGUAUGUAGAGAAAACACUGCAAAGGUUCUUAAAGGGUCCCUGCCACG